AAUCACAAGCUCCAAACGAACACAGGAAGCCAAUCGAGAGUCACAUCGGCUAUCAGCAAGUAGGAGAAGGAAGAACCAGCUGCUUGAUCGAAGAAGAAGAUGCAGGCGGCGAAGGAGAAGGUGAAGGACGGCGUGAGCGCGGUGAAGGCCAAGACCAAGAUCACGCAGGCCAAGGCGUCGGAGAAGGCGGAGGCGGCCACGGCGAGGUCGCACGCGGAGCGGGAGCUGGCGCACGAGCGCGGCAAGGCCAAGGUGGCCGCGGCAAAGAUGGAGCUGCACCAGGAUAAGGCGCUCCAUCGGGAGGAGGCCAUGGAGCACCGCAUCCACAAGCACGGUGGCGGCCAUGGCCGCCACCACCACAAGCACGGCGUCGGCAUCGUGGCCGCGCCCCCGCCGGCUACUGGGGCCGGGGGGUACUACCCUCCUCCUGCCGCCGGUGGCCAGUACUACUAAUCAGCUAAGCAGCUCGAUCGCUAGCUAGAUGGAUACAUGCGCUGCGUGUGUGAUGUGAUUCCGAUAGCUAAUAAGUCUCUACUUUGUACUGUUUGUCUUUGACUUACACAUGCGUGCUUUUUAAUUUCGCACUUGGCUGGAGAUGAGGUCUGUAUGUAUGUAUGUUGUA